AGUCAAGAAGCCCAUAAAAGCGGAGAGGAAGAAAAGGAGUUAUUGGACAAUGUGAUGGUAAUAACUCGGUAUCUACCUGUAGACAUUUUACAGCGUUUACUAAAGCGUAUUACUUAAAAGUCAGUGGGUUACUGCUGGAGCCCAAAAAUAAAAGGAAGCGGUGCACACAGGCCAAUACAACGUUAUUAAAUACACACAAAAGUGAAGAAAUUAACAAGGCACAAUGGCUGAUUCUUCUGCUGACUUGGAUUUCUCUGGAGCUUUGCAGAGACUGGGAGAACGUGACCCAAACACAGCUGCUGCAAAGGCUAAAGAGCAAUUGGACAGUCUUGACGGUGUAACUCUAAAUAUUGCAGUGACUGGAGAAACAGGAGCAGGAAAGUCUUCCUUCAUCAAUGCAUUUCGAGGUCUGAAUGAUGAUGAUGACAAUUCUGCACCAACAGGACUAACCGAAACAACAAAGGUAGCUGCCAUGUACACCCAUCCGACAAAGCCAAAUGUCAGACUGUGGGACCUGCCAGGGAUUGGUACGCCUAAUUUCAAAGCUAACAAAUUCCUCAGUGAAGUGAAAUUUGAGACAUACGAUUUAUUUAUCAUCAUUUCCUCUGUGAGGUUCAGGGAAAAUGAUGUCUUUCUGGCCAAAGAGAUUCAAAAAAAGCAGAAGAGGUUUUAUUUUGUCCGGACCAAGAUUGAUAAUGACGUCCGGUCAGUGGCGAAGACAAGAAAAUUUGAUGAGCAGCAGGUACUUUGCACGAUCAGAGAGGACUGCCACAGAAACUUAAAGGAGCUAGGAAACCCCAAGGUGUUCCUGAUAUCCUCUUAUGACUUGGGAAAAUAUGACUUUCAAGACCUGGUAGAUACUCUAGAGCUAGACCUUUCAGAAAACAAGAGAUUUGCUCUGGUCCAGUCUGUGCCUGUGUGCUCUUUGGCUAUGCUAGAGAAGAAAAAAAAGCUUAUGGAGAAGUUUAUUUGGCUUGCAGCACUGGGCUCCAGUGUGGGUGCUGUUGUCCCAGUCCCUUUAUUAUCUGUGGCCAUUGACAAGACGAUUUUGGUGGCUUAUCUCGUAAGUUGUCAUAACGCUUUGGGUUUGAAUGAGCAAUCACUCAUCGCACUGUCAGAGAGAAUGAACAAGCCUCUCUCACAGCUGAAAUCAGCUAUAAAAUCUCCUUUACCAGUAACAUUGGUAGACAAAAUGGCAAUUAGACCUCGUAUAGCAAUGACAAAAACAGUGCAUGUUGAUGGAAAAUUUAUUGCAAACAGCUUUAUAAAUGCGACUGAGGCCUUCAAAUCAACAUGCAGUGUCUUGCGCGGGGCACUGAAUGACAUGAUAAACGAUAUGAAACAAGUCCUUCAAGCUGCAGGUUUGGAUGAAUAAAAUCAAGUAUAGCAAAGAGAUGUUUACCAAAAUUACAUAAGAACAUCAAAAACAAAAACUUUUAUACUUCUUGGUCACUUUCACUUGCAGUUAAAUGGUUGGAAAGAAAUAUUAUACUGAAUAUUGUCUAGUUCCAUUCCUCAUAUUUUGUAAUAGUGCAUGUUAAACGGAAUACUUAGAAUGGCAUGCAUUGAUACCAGCUUUUCUCAGUUUCAGUCUUCGCACCCACCUCUCUGCAAAAUGCAUGUCUUUCUUUGUUAACGCACCUGAUUUCGUUCUUCAGCUCGAGGAGAUGGCUCACACACAAUUUCGCACACUUCGGUGCACUUUGAAUGAAACGUGUAAGUUUGCUUCGAACUGGAAUCAUGGCGGAAUAUCCGGCGAUGUCCACUUCGCACUGUGCUCACAUAGUACAAGCCUCUGAAGCGAUGAGAAACUGGAAUUGAGAACCGCUAAUUUAGACUACAGAAUGAGUGAAAUGUGUGACUUUGUAAAGAUAAGUGGGAAUCUGGAGGUUUGGGUAAAUUUUCUGUUAACUUGUUUUAUUUUACAGUUGUGCGCUGGACCUGCUUACCUCAUUGAAUGUUUAACUUGUUUUACAAUGUACACAAGUGUAUACGAGGGCUUUAGGCCAAAAGUCAGAAUUUCUUUCUAUUGCCUUCUUCUAAACAACAUAUGUUUUCUUUAUAUUAAAUUGUUAUUGUUUUUUUUUUUAAAGUAAAUUUGUUUUAUGCAUAUUGAUAAUGAAAUGACACUAAUUGAAACAAGUGUUAAUGACAGUGGCAGAUGCAUACAAGCUUGAAUGGGUUUAAUACAGGUUUGAAUGGAAUUAAUUAUUAAACAUUUGUGGUUUAUUAUAAA